GAGUUGAAAAUUGGAUGGUAUUUAAAAUUGAAAUACAGUGUCAACUCUCAUCAUCUUAUAAAGAUGCUUCCAACAACAGAUUUGCACAAUAAGAAGUAAUGGGUAUCUUAAAAGUCCUUUUUUACUUGAUCUUUCCUGUCAUACAUGCCUCCGUUAGCAAUUGCCCAUUUUCUUUAUGUGGAAACUUUAGUUUACCUAUUCGUUUCCCCUUUCAACUUGAAGGUGAGCAAUCUCCUUAUUGUGGCUAUCCUGGUUUCACCUUAAUUUGUUCGAAUCAUAGAAAAACAAUUCUAGAACUUCCUAAUUCCGGAGAAUUCUAUGUUCGCAGCAUAAACUAUCUCACGCAACAGAUACAACUCUAUGAUCCUGACGAUUGUCUUCCCAAACGUCUUCUAAGCCUCAAUUUUUCAAAUUCUCCUUUCACUUCUACUUUUAGUCGCGACUACACCUUUUUAAGCUGCUCAUCUCAAAAUAUAGGGUCACAAUUCACUCCCAUUGAUUGUCUCAGUAAUUCCACAUAUUUUGUAUCAGCCAUUCCUUCUGUGAACUUGGUCAAUCCACUUCCUGGUUCUUGCUCUAUUAUGAAAAGGCUUUUAGUUCCAGUUGCAAGACAAGAACGGUAUGAAGAAAAUCUCAGAGAUGAUCUCAGUGCAGAUCUUCAAUUAACAUGGGAUAAACCCGACUGCAGUUAUUGUGAAUUUAAUCAGCUAAUGUGUGGAUUCGAAAGCAUUUACAACAGUAAAGUUGUCUGUAUCUCUGAUUACAAAGCAGGUACAUCGCGACAAGGACUUAAAAUUUUCAGAAUCAUAGCAUUAUGUGUUACUGGACCAGCUCUAAUCUUUGUUAUAUUAAUGGCAAGUUGUGUAUGCUACAAUGACAGAAUAGCAAACAUUACCAGAAACGCAGCUUCUAGGUCUGCACCAGCUGCGAUAGCACCGCAACCUGAAAUCGUAGUAGCUACAGGCUUAGAUGAAACCACUAUUGAAUCUUAUGAGAAGGUAGUUCUUGGGGAGAGUCGACGUGUUCCUGGACCGAACGAUGGAUGUUGUUGGAUAUGCUUGUCGGAGUACAAUAGUAAAGAGACAGUAAGAUGCAUUCCUGAAUGCAAACAUUGUUUCCAUGCUGAUUGCAUUGAUGAGUGGCUUCGUAUUAAUAAUACGUGCCCUGUUUGUCGAAACUCACCGGCUCCUUCUCCUCUUAAUGUUACUUCUAGUAAUCUUUGAGUGAUCAUGGAUCAUGAAAAUCAUAUAUUUUGAAGUUAAUAGAGUGUGUAAUUCUGUAUAUAUUUAUAAAUCAUUCAUGAUGUUUGAAUGAGAUGAAACAAACCAUGUUUACAUGAAACCAUAAUUCAGA